GUGAUGUGGUGUUUGCCCCUUGGGCUGAAGAUGGGUUUGACUAUGAAGCAACCAUCGACCACAUCGAUGAGGCUAGCGAGUGCUGCACAGUGAGCUGGGCAGACGGUGGGCAAACGUGUCGGGAAGUGCGUCUUCCGGCAUUGAUCUCGCCUCUCGGGUCUCCAUGUGUCAACGCUUUACGACGGCGUCCACAGGAAGUUCGGCUGUGGGCUUCCAGGAGAGCUCUGCGAGCGGCCCUCCUUGCCUGGCAAGCACAGGCCGAGGCCGGAGCAGCACAUGAUGCCUUUGUGGACCUCGCCGGUCUCCUUUGUGAUGUAUCAGCAGCUGAAUGCAGAUUGGCCCUCGCUGUGCCUUUCUGGAGUUCUCCUGGCCUUGAGCUGGCGCGCAAUGCGCUGCAACGUGGUCGAUUUGCAGCGGAGAGAGCCUACAAGCCGGAUGCGCGUGCACUGGCGGUCUUAUGUUCGCAGCGCGCGGAGAUGCUGCGCUUGGAGCAAGGCUCGCAGCUCGCGGACGUGCUGUCACUCCACGGGCGCGCGGCGGAGCACCUGGCAGCCGCGCACUGGCGCCGCGAACAG